AUGCAAUUCUCAUUCGCUCAAUUGGCCCUUUUGGCUGCCACAAUCAGUGUUGCUAGUGCGGCUCCUAUGGAUGCUUCCACUGGUCUCGAAGCACGCGAUGCGCCAAGACUUCACUUCAGAGAGGUCGUGCACGCUCGCAAGACUUCAGAUGAAGAUGACGAGGAUUCUUCAAGCUCUACAAAGAAGUCUUCCAAAGCAUCCUCCACCAAGAAAUCCUCCAAAGCAUCCUCUACAUCUAAAGCAUCUAAAGCAUCCUCCACUGCCAAGUCUUCAGGUUCUUCUGGAUCAAAGUCCGCUAGCGCUGCUUCAUCAACAAUCACCAGCUCGGCAUCCUCUGGCAAUUCAUCCAGUGGUACCACUGGCGGUUCUGUCCCCGCCUCUUCAGGUACUUCUGCCCUUUCAGCCGCUCAAACUAUCGCCGCAGGUGAAUCUUUCGAUGGUGGAAUGGUUAUGUUCGAUCGAGGAGUCAGCUGUACCGGUCAAUCCGAAGGUGGUGACAAAGAUGCCGUCUUCCAAAUUGAAGCUGGUGGAUCCCUCUCUAACGUCAUCAUCGGACCCAACCAAAUCGAAGGUGUUCAUUGCCAAGGAGCUUGCACCUUGACCAAUGUAUGGUGGUCUGCUGUCUGUGAAGAUGCCUUCACCAUCAAGAACCAAGAUGCUGGAGCUACCACCACAAUUUCUGGUGGAGGUGCCUUUGGAGCCGAGGAUAAGGUUUUCCAACACAACGGAGCUGGAACCUUGAAGAUUUCUGAUUUCACUGUCGAUACCUUUGGAAAAUUGUACAGAUCAUGUGGUAACUGCAAGACAAUGUACGAGAGACAUGUUAUCAUGGAUUCAGUCACUGCUACUAGUGGAAAAGAGCUUGCCGGCAUUAACUACAACUUUGGCGACACUGCAACUUUCACCAACAUUGUAGCAAACUCUGUCAAAGAAAUCUGUGUGACAUACACAGGUACUGAUGAUAACAGCCAGGAACCUACUGAGUAUGGAAGCGGUCCCGAUGGUAAAUACUGUAUCUACACUGAGAGCGAUGUCACCACAUCUUAG